AUGAGCGUGUGCUCGCCUGACGGUCUUCCGCCAGAGAUUCUUCACGGUAUACUAAAGCAUCUAAGAAAGCACGACCUCUGCAACUUGGGCCUAGCAAGCCGCACGUACGCAGCCUUCGGUCUCCACCCCAUCCUCAAGCUCAUCGCAUCAGAGCUCCGAGAGUGUCCAAAGAAGCAAGUCGAACCGCCAUCCUACCUCCGCCGGUUGACAAAGUACUGCUUCCAUGAGAUAAUUGAGUCCCUCCUCAAGCUCGGCGCACCUCCCGACGAGUUCGACGUGCAGGGUGAAGCGGCACUGCACGUGGCGGCCUGCCGUGGCUGCGUAAGUGAUUGCAUCCGGAUCCUGUUGGCUGUAUCCGCGAACCCGGACGUGGAGAGCCGUCUUGGGUGGACGCCGCUCAUGGUUGCGACGAGAUACGGCCAUGCUGAGGCUAUCGCGGAGUUGAUUCGCGGCGGUGCGCGGCUGGAUCGGAGAGGAUUCCAUGGCUGGACAGCUCUGCACGUCACAGGUCAGAACUGCCGGGAGGAGGCCGAUGAAUUGCUCGUUAGGGCAGGCGCAACUUUUGUAAUUGUUGAUAAUGAUGGCUUGAAGGCGAAUGAUACUCCUGCGGGAAGGGCGAGCAGUCAUCUCCUGUGCCAAUACUCGAGGAGGCAACAGAAGCCGCUCGUUCCCUCGGGUAUCCUAACGCCAUGA